AUUUCCGGGCGUCUCAGAACGGAGUCGCUAACGGCCAGGAGAGAAUAUGCCCAAGUUUUAUUGUGAUUACUGCGAUACCUAUCUCACCCAUGACUCUCCAUCUGUGAGGAAGACACACUGCAGUGGGAGAAAGCACAAAGAGAAUGUGAAAGACUAUUAUCAGAAAUGGAUGGAAGAGCAGGCCCAGAGCCUGAUUGACAAAACAACGGCUGCAUUUCAACAAGGAAAAAUACCUCCUACUCCAUUCUCGGCUCCUCCUCCUGCAGGGGCAAUGAUUCCACCUCCCCCCAGUCUUCCGGGUCCUCCUCGUCCUGGUAUGAUGCCAGCACCACAUAUGGGGGGCCCUCCCAUGAUGCCAAUGAUGGGUCCUCCUCCUCCUGGGAUGAUGCCAGUGGGACCUGCUCCUGGAAUGAGGCCACCCAUGGGAGGUCACAUGCCAAUGAUGCCUGGGCCCCCAAUGAUGAGACCUCCUGCUCGUCCCAUGAUGGUGCCCACUCGUCCUGGAAUGACUCGACCAGACAGAUAAAGAUAGAGGGGAGUUUUCUUUAUGUCAGUUUUAUAUUACUUGUUCUGCUUCACCAAGAUAUCAUGGUGCUGUGACGCUGGGUGUUUUCUUAAUAGCAUGAUAAGGAAAACUUGCUCCCCCUUCCUAUCAAAGAGAGAGUAAGAAUAGUUUUGAAGGGAAAAAGUGGAACCAGAAAAAGGGGCAGUUUUCAUUUGUAUUGUGAAAUGUGAAAAUAAAAUUGUCAACUUAAAUUUAGUUAAAA